AUGUACAGAAAGACAAUAGAAAAAAACGGAGAUAGAUUGUUCUCCAUAAAAGUAAAGGGUCAAAGAAAAGUUAAAGGAAAAUAUUUAGAAAUCAAUCGCGGAUUAAAUAUUAAGGAAAAAAUCAAAGUACUGAUUGCCAUUGUACUGUACUGCACUGUACUGCACUGUACUGCACUGUACUGCACUGCACUGUAUUUCUAUACCCGGUUUGGGUGUAACAUGUCUAUUCAAUUGUUCAACCAAGUCAAAUUGAUAGACACCAACCAUUUUAGCGAGAUUUGCGAGGACAUCAAUAAGGAGUAUGGACUGUUAAACAUGAACCAUGGUGUUAAAUACUUUCUUAUUGUUUUAAAGUCUACUAUGGUUGGCAUGUCUGCCGUACAAUAUACCACAUUUAGACCAAGGAAGGAAAGUAAGCUGUACUUAUAA